AUGGCGCUACGCGGCCGCCUACGCGGCCGCCUCCACGGCCACCUUCGGAGCCUGCGGGUCGCAGCGUGGCAGCGAUCGUUGGAUGCGCUCAGCCAUGGGAAGGACUUGGUCGAGCACACGCGCGCCCUGCAAUCCAUGGGCAAAGCCAAGCGAUGGGACUUGAGCCUGGCUUUACUGCAACACCUCCAGGACGACUUGGUGCAGGUGGAUGGAGUUUUCUGCACCAGCCUCAUCAACAGCUGUCGCCGCGGCACCGCCUGGACUGUUGCGUUGCAGCUGUUGGCGCAGCUGGAGGCAACUUCGCUGGGUGUCCGCGUUUCGGUGCACCACUACGGCGCGGUCGCCAGCACCUUGGAAACAGCCCGCAGGUGGCAGGAGGCACUGCAACUGAUCGGCAGCUGCAGAGACCCCAACCAGGAAUUUCUGGGUGCCAUCAUCAGCGCGUGUGAGAAAUCUUCCCGCUGGGAGGCAUGCAUGUACUUGUUGAAUUCCAUGGCAGCUCAACACGGCGUGACACCUGACGUCAUCGCCUUCAACGCGGCCAUGGUGAGCUGCGGCCGCGGCCUGCGCUGGCGGGACGCCUUGGAGCUGACGCGGCAGCUGCGCUGCUCCCACCUGGCGCCCUCGGUGGUGACCUACAGCUCGGUAAUGAGCGCCCUGGAAAGGUCUCGACAGUGGGAACUCACCAUUUCUCUCUUUGAAGAGAUGCAGAAGUGCCAGGUCCAUGCGGAUGCCAUCACCUGGAAUUCUUUGGUCAGUGCAUGCGAAAGUGGAGAGCAGUGGGGCAGAGCCCUCUAUUUCCUCUCCUGCGCUGAAAUGGAGGUGAGUUCCACCAACAACGGCUGGCGCCAAGGUUUGAAGCCUGGGUUCAACUCACUGAUCAGUGCCUGUGCCAAAGCUGGUCGCUGGGAGAUGGCUCUUCACCUCCUCACCGACAGUGACAGUGAUGGGUUGGAUCUCAUUUGCUACAAUUCUGUGCUCUUGCACCUGCACGCGUCCAAGUGGAGAUUGGCUCUGGGACUGCAAGAGAGGGCAAAGUCAAUGGAGCUGCCGGAUGAUCCAACACAAGACCUGACGAUGAAUCGAGCUUUAUCAAUGGCGUUUCAGAAUGCCGGCUCCUAUCCCCACUUCUCCAUCUGCAUUCUGUCCUCCCUGCAGCUGCUGUGGCGCCAGCUGCGGCCGCCACGUUUCCGCGCACCGCGCGGGGGCGAGUUCUUCGUGGAAGCCGCCAUGGCGGCGAGCCGUUUGCGCGGCCUGGCUCUGCUUGGCUCCCCUGUUGGUCCGGCUUUGGAGCGAAUCCUGGAGACCAGUGGGCUGCAGUCGCUGGAAAGGCAAACCCGCGUGAGGCCACGACGAGAGGUCUCCUGGCGUUUGUCGGAGCGCGCUUUGGAAGUUCUGAGCAGCGUGGGCGCCGGCUUUUUGCGGACGGCGCUGGAUCAGACCCAGCUUCGAUGGCGAAAAUGGGGGGGCGAACAUAUGGCUGGGGCUGGAUGGGGAUAA